AUGUCACCCACAAUCAAACCCAUUCAGCUCUAUGGUGGCAUUCUUGGCCCAAAUCCCCUCAAAGUGGGAAUCAUCCUCACGCUCCUCGAAGUACCAUUUGAAUCCGUUCCAGUCGGCUUCGCUCAAGUCAAGGAACCCGAGUACGAAGCGAUCAAUCCAAAUGGGCGCCUACCUUCGAUCCAUGACCCAAACACCAACCUGACCAUCUGGGAGAGUGGCGCUAUUAUUGAAUACCUCAUAGAGCGCUACGACACCAACGAACCCCGCAAGCUCAGCUUUACACCGGGCAGCGCAGAAGCCGAGCUUGCACGCUCGUUUCUCCACCUCCAAGUCUCUGGUCAAGGGCCGUACUACGGACAAGCUUAUUGGUUCAAGAGAUACCACGCGGAGAGGCUCCCUAGCGCAGUGAAGCGCUAUGUUGAAGAAGCGAAACGUGUGACGGGUGUGCUUGACAAGUGGUUGGGCAAGCAGAAGGAGGCCAACGACAAGCAUGUUGGGGAUGGUCCCUGGUUGGUUGGCAACAAGAUGUCAUACGCUGAUAUAGCGUUCAUUCCUUGGCAAAAGGCGGCACAUACAGUACUCGUUGAUGAAGGGUUCGACGUUGAUGAGUUCCCAAACGAGAAGCAGUGGCUUGAGCGCAUGAUCUCAAAGGAGCCCAUCAAGGCUGUUCUGGAUUCUGCAGAUGAGCAGAUGGCCAGUAUGUCGAAGAAGUGA